AUUCACAUGCAUUCACUGACACUUUGUCUAUGGGGAGAAAUGGCACAGAAAGGAUUUAAAAUUGCUGGUGACAAACUCUGCUGCGCGAUCUGUUUGGAUCUACUGAAUGAUCCUGUGACUAUUCCCUGUGGACACAGCUACUGCAGGGACUGUAUUAAAAUUCACUGGGAUGGACAGGAUCAGAAGCACAUCCACAGCUGUCCUCAGUGCAGACAGACCUUCAUACCGAGGCCUGCUCUGGUGAAAAACACCAUGUUAGCAGAGUUAGUGGAGGAAGUGAAGCAGACUGGACUGUAUGCUGUUCCUGCUGAUCACUGCUAUGCUGGACCUGGAGAUGUGGCCUGUGAUGUUUGUAGUGGGAGAAAACUGAAAGCCUUCAAGUCGUGCCUGCACUGUGUGGUCUCUUAUUGUGAGCGCCAUCUACAGCCUCAUCAUAAUGUAGAUGGAUUGAAGAAACACAAACUGGUUAACCCAUUCAAGAAGCUUCAGGAGAACAUGUGCUCUCACCACAAUGAGGUAAUGAAGAUUUUCUGUCGCACGGAUCAGCAGUGUAUCUGUUAUUUGUGCUCCAUGGGUGAACAUAAAGGCCACGACACAGUCCCAGCUUCAACAGAAAGAACUGAAAAGCAGAAAGAGCUGAAGCCGUGUCUGGAAAAUUUUCGAAUAAGAAUUCAGGACAGAGAAGAACAUGUUAAGGUGUUUCUGCAGGAAAUGGAGGCCAUUAAUCAGUCUGCUGAUAAAGCUGUGAGGGACACUGAGAAGACAUUUGAACAAAUUUUCUUUCACAUCAAAGAAAAAAAUUCUGAUAUCCAGCAACAGAUCAGAUGUCAACAGAGAACUGAAGUAAAACGAGCUAAACAGGUUGUGGAAAAACUGCAGGAAGAGCUCAGUGAACUAAAAAGAAAACAUGCUGAACUGGAACAGCUCUCUCACACAGAGGAUCACACUCAGUUUCUACACAUGUUCCCUUUGUUCUCAAAUUUUACUGAAUCUACAGAGAUACCUUUUACUAAACGUCAUCCUCUGCUGUACUUUGAUGACGUGCCGGCUGCUGUAUUAGAGGUGAAAAAUAAACUGCAGGAUGAUCUUCAGGAAGGAUGGCAAAAAGUUUCCCGCACAGUGACUGAUGUAGACGUGUUGCUACCUCAACCAGAGCCACAAACCCGAGCUGAAUUCUUAAAGUUUUCAACUCAGCUCACACUGGAUCCAGACACUGUAAACAUGCGGCUGUUAUUAUCUGAAGAGAACAGAAGGGCAACAUUUGUGAGUAAAAAACAGGCAUAUCCAGGUCACCCUGAAAGAUUCAUGAACAGGUCUCAGGUCCUGAGCAAAGAAAGUCUGACUGGAUGUCAUUACUGGGAGGUAGAGUGGAGUGGGUUUGGUAUUUACAUAGCAGUCGCAUACAAAAGCAUAAGCAGAACGGGAGAUCAAAGUGAAUUUGGAAACAAUAGUGAGUCUUGGGCAUUAGACUGUUACAGUAGUAAUUAUUCACUCAGUCAUGGAAAAAAUUGUUAUAGGUUUACAGGCCCUGUGUCUUCCAAAAUUGGAGUGUACCUGGAUCACAAAGCAGGUAUUCUGUCCUUCUAUAGUGUCUCUGGCACCAUGACUCUCCUUCACAGAGUCCAGAACACAUUCAAUCAGCCGCUCUACGUUGGACUGAGGGCAAGUCACUUCUUAGGAUCAGACUCCUCUGCUGUGUUUGUCUGAGUUUGAGUAGGGAGAAUCAAGUAAUUACUUUGUGCUUUUCUUGUGCGUUUUUUUUUUUUUUAAAAUUAAAUAUAUAGCCCUUGUUAGGUUGCACCCUGGAAUGUUAAAGAGGAUAUGGACAAAAUACAUUUGCAUGCAAUAAAAUAAUUAACAAAAAUGUCAUGCUUUGACCAGAGAUUUUAAAUCGAAAAAUUUAAAUUUCAUUUUCUGUAUCUUUUAAACAAUAUUUUGCUCAUCAUUACAGUUUUUCAUUGAUGAAAUGCAGUUCAUUUUAUUUUGUUCCAUUUUUAACUCGUAAAUAUUUUCAUAAAAUGUUGUAGUAAUGUAUCCACAAGUUG